ACGUGACUGUCAAGGACGUGCUCCUUAAGCACAAAGCAAGCACUGACGCACCGGUGUCGAGAGAUCCGUCUGAGGGUACGAGAGGAAACAGCGAGUUUAGUUCUGGGCUCGCUGUCAUUUGAGACGGCACUGAGGACGAAGAGCUCUGCAGCCGGCUACCUGAACGGUGGAGUUAAGUCAUGCCGCAGCUGAGCCUGUACCACGCCGAGGCGAGCCCGCCGUGUCGGACCGUCCGUAUGCUGGCACACACUAUCGGUCUUGAUCUGCAAUUGGUUGAUGUGGACAUGCUGCAGGAAGAGCACCGUAAGCCAGAAUUCGUCAAGAUGAAUCCACAGCAUCAGGUGCCAGUUCUCGGUGACAAUGGAUUUUACUUAUCAGAGAGUCGAGCGAUUAUAGGAUAUCUCGUGGACAAUUAUGCCAAGGAUGAUUCAUUAUACCCACGGGAUCCUAAGCGAAGGGCAACUGUCAACAGGAUGUUGUUUUUCGAUGCUGGAACACUCUGGAUGAGCUACAGUGAUUAUCAGAUGCCUAUCUUUUACGGUCAGCCUGGUGAUCCAGAGAAAGAGAAGAAAAUGAUGGCAGCUUUCGAGACGUUCGACAAGCUCCUGGACGGUAAAGAGUGGGCUACGGGCAGCCACGUCACCAUUGCUGAUUACGCCCUCGCUGUCACCACCAGCAGUGCUGAGUGGUCAGGAGUGGAUCUCAAGGCGUACAGCAACGUUUGCAGAUGGCUAGAUCGUGUGAAGAAAGCUAUUCCCUGCUUCGACGAGAUAAACAAUUCAUCGUUUGCUGCUUUAAAGGAACUGUUACAGAAGCUGACAGAGAAACUCGCACAGAUGUCGGUCAACAAACAAUAAAUGGAUUAUAUAUUAAAUAUUUAGGUUGCUCUAAGAGCAGUAAUUACAUCAUCAGUAGCUGAUAAGAAUGCUUCAAUAAAAAGAUGUUUUUGUAUGACGA